AUGGAUUCCUUAGUAGCAUAUCGCCUCUACUCUUACACCUUGAUGUUAUCAAAUGAAAUUAUAUCGCUAUGUUUAAAGCAUUUAUGUAUUUCAUAUGUAUUUGAACCCUCACGAGAUUUUAACCCAAGCCGAGGUCUCCUAGAUAAAUACAAUGCAUAUAAUUUAAUUCAAAUCAGUUCAACCGGUUUACUUCGAUUCGAUUCAAUUUUACAUAAUAUUGGGUUAGCUAAAAUAUUAUAA